GUAGACCUAACUAAGCCAAGUCUUAGCUAAUAGCCCCCAGUCAAGUAAAAUGAUGUCCAUUGGGGCUGGGAAUUCUGACAUUUUGUAAUGACAAAUGUGUUUUCUUGCUCUGCUAUAAUUAAAUGAUGAGUUCAUCAACAACUGGUGGCAGGAAUUUAAGAAUGUUCAGGAGUCUUCUGUGGAUUGUUCUCAUACAGGCAUCUUGUGUUGUUUUCUCCAGUAGCCAGGGCACAGCUUUAAAUAACUCAGCAGUCAAACCUCUUACAGAUUUCUGUAUAGACUUCCUAGAUUUGGUGCAAGUCUCCUGUGGGGACAGACUGAACCCUGCGAACUGUCUCCCAGAAUCUUGGUUGUGUGACGGCUUUGCUGACUGUAGUACAGUUUUUGAUGAGACCACGGCUACUUGCCAGAAUGCUGAUCCAUGUCAGCCCAAUCCUUGCUUGAAUCAAGGAGUGUGUUUUGGAUUUUCUGUGCAGCCUAAGAUAUCAGUGGCCUACCCUCUGUGUUUGUGCCCACAGCCUUACACUGGACAGUGGUGUGAAGAAAAUAUAGCAGUCAGUGUGUCACAAGUGAACACAUCUAACUGUGUACCAAACCCUUGUGUGUAUGGGGCCUGCACACCUGGAGUAGGUGCUCAGUUUGUCUGCACAUGUGUACCAGGCUACACAGGGAUGAAGUGCGAUGUUGCUGUGUCACCUUGUGUGAGUCAGCCAUGUUUAAAUGGUGGCACGUGUUUGGAGAAGGGCAGUAACUUGAGCUGCUCAUGUACUGCAGGCUGGACUGGUGCUCUGUGCAAUGUUGUGCUUGAUGUCUGCGCUGGUGUUGUCUGUCAAAAUGGUGGUCAGUGUGUCAACACAGGUGCAGUGGUCAAAUGCUCGUGUCCAUCUGGAUAUACUGGCAUGUGGUGUGAGGGCAACAUAGACGACUGUGAUCCCAACCCCUGCCUGUAUGGAGGGACCUGUCAGGACGGGGUCAACAGCUUCACCUGCACCUGUACCUCUGGCAGGGUGGGCAUGUACUGUGAACGACAACAGCUGUGUUCAGAAGAUCCUUGCCUUCAUUAUGGAGUGUGUGUGCCAGCUGCCAGUGGGAAAGGCAACUCAACAUGUGUUUGCCAGGAAGGCUACACAGGAAGUUUGUGUGAGACAGACAUUGAUGACUGUGUCAGCCGUCCCUGUGGAGACCACGGUACCUGCAGGGAUGGCGUCAAUACCUACACCUGCCAGUGUAGCACUCUCUACUCUGGCAGCAACUGUGAACUGACCCUUGACCCCUGCUCCCCCAACCCCUGUGCACACGGCGGCUACUGCUGCAGACAGGGGAAUCCCCUGUGCUCACCCCUGCUGUCACCUGGACAGUAUGAAUGUUACUGCGCAGACAGCUACACAGGCAGGAACUGCCAGGACGUGGUGCCUGCGUGCUCAUCCUUCCCCUGCCAACAUGGCGGCCUGUGCUCAUCUAAAGACAACAGCUACAUCUGCACGUGCCCGCAGGUGUACUCAGGUAAAAACUGUCAGCUGUUCAACCCUUGUGGCAGCAACCCGUGCCUGCGUGGGGGGACGUGCCAGGUCAACUCUACAGGUGCACCUGUCUGCCAGUGUCCACCUGGCUAUGCUGGUGCUGUCUGCGAGACCAGCACCUGUCUCAUUGACACCUGUCUCAACAAUGGCACCUGUCUGUCUAAAGCUAAUGGGACCUACUGCCAGUGCCCGACCAGCUUCAAAGGUCCCAGGUGUCAGUACCCCUUCCCUUGUGUCACUGAGGCCUGCUACAAUGGAGGCAAGUGCCUUGAUGUCAGUCCUGUCAGCUUCUUUUGUCAGUGUCAGAAUGGAUUUGGCGGUGCUCACUGUGAGAGUAACCUCCCCUGCAGGUCCAGCCCCUGCCUGAAUGGAGGUCAGUGUGCCAACAACGGGACCAGCUACACGUGUCGCUGCAGCGCAGGGUUUGCUGGUCUCAACUGCGAGCAACUGUUGGUCUGCUCCGCCACAACCUGCCACAAUGGCGGCAGCUGUGUGGAGACGCCCCCCACCUACAGGUGCACGUGUCCACUAGGCUACACUGGCGCCACCUGCGAGACAUACCUGCCCUGCACCAGCAGCCCGUGUCAGCUGAACUCUGCAUGUCUGAAUGUAGACAACUCCAGCUACCAGUGCCUGUGUAGGGCUGGGGUCACAGGCAACCACUGCGAGACCAUCCUGCCGUGUACGUCCUCUCCGUGUCUGAACAACGGGCUGUGUGUCAACACCAACAACACCUACCAGUGCCUGUGUUCUGAGAGAUUUUCUGGUGCCAACUGUGAGGUUUACCUCCCUUGCUCCAGUUCGCCCUGUCUGAAUGGGGGAACAUGUGUGAACCAAGGUUCCCUGUACCAAUGUUCCUGCCCCCAGCAGUACUAUGGCAGCAGAUGUCAGAGUGUACGCCCUUGCUCCAGUUCCCCUUGCUUGAAUGCUGGCUCAUGUACUGAUGUCCUUGACACAUUUACCUGUACCUGCCCCAGCGCCUACACGGGGCAGGUGUGUGAAAGCCUGCUGAGGAGCUGCUCCAUGUCUCCGUGUCUGAACCAGGGGAUCUGCACUGACGCAGGGACUGAUGUUGUCUGUGCCUGUCCCUCGGCAUUUGUAGGUCAGCUGUGUGAGAUCCCAGUACCCUGUAGCAGCGCCCCCUGCCUCAACAGUGGGACAUGCUACAACAAGGCGGGUCAGUAUCUGUGCGUGUGUCCAGCCAACUUUGCUGGACCAGACUGUUCUACACGCCUGCCCUGUGCUGCCAGCCCGUGUGUCAAUGGGACGUGUAUCAACACAAACACAACACACUUGAGUUGCCACUGCUGGCCAGGUUAUACAGGUGUGUUGUGUGAUCAGCUGAUCUCUAACUUUACCUGUAACACACAGACGUGCAUCAAUGGGACGUGUCAGACAGCAGGGGAUGGCACCCAGUACUGCAGCUGUCAGGAUGGAUUCUCAGGGAUGUCAUGUGACAUAGUCUCAGACUCUUGCCUGUCCGCACCUUGCCAAAACAACGGCACCUGUAGCAACGUCGGCUCAUCCUUUGUUUGCACCUGUGCCAGUAACUUUACUGGAACUGUUUGUGAGACGGAACUGCCCCCAUGUCACCUGCAGCCCUGUCAGAACAAUGCCACCUGCUUCAACCUGGGCAGCAGCUUCACCUGUGUCUGUCUGACAGGGUAUCAAGGUGAGCGUUGUGACACCUUGGUUCUGCCGUGUGACAGCUCACCUUGCCUGAACCAAGGCACCUGCCAGAACAACGGUAGCCUGAACUUUGUCUGUCACUGCCCGCCCCACCACACAGGGUCUACCUGCCAAAUCCCUGUCGAUGUCUGCGCCAGUGGCCCCUGCAGGAACGGAGGAACCUGCACUGCACUGGAUGACCCAGGCAACACCUAUGGCUAUGUUUGUUCGUGUGUGCCACCUUUCUCUGGGACAUUCUGUGAAGCCCCAGUGAGGUCAUGUGACCCGUCCCCCUGCCCCGGCCUGGGGGAUUGCACCACGGAUGAAAUUGGUGCCUUCUGCCACUGUUACCCCGGCUAUGAGGGCAUCUUUUGUCAGUACCCAGCAGGGGGUCAGUGUCAGGACGCGGGGCUGCAGUGUCAGAAUGGGGGCACAUGUGUCCCCGCCCAGGACGGCAGCUUUACCUGUAGGUGUCGGGACGGGUUCGCUGGGACCUUCUGUGAGGGGGUCUCCGCUGUGGGUUGUGCACCCAACCCCUGUAAUAGUGGGGCGUGUAUCCAGUGGAUCACUGGCAAUGUUGAGUGUGUUUGUCCUCCAGGUUUUUCUGGUCCAUUUUGUUCUCUGUAAAACUAUCUUUAGCUUUACAUGUAACAUUCAUCUCACCUUCAAUGUUUAAUGAUCUAAUCCAUGUUUAAUGAUCUAAUCCAUGUUUAAUGAUCUAAUCCAUGUUUAAUGAUCUAAUCCAUGUUUAAUGAUCUGGUUAACUUUUAAUUGUUUAGUCCACAUUUUAAAAAUCUACUUAAUGUUUCUUUUAUUACAAUAUUGAAUUUAAUCAACAUUUACCUGUGUGACAUCAGGUUUCUUACAAGCCACCUUUUUAGCUCCAGGUCAAAUUUCUGGAAGUCUUUUGUACUAAAGCACUUCUUUACAAUAACAUUCCACAAUUGUUAAAACCCAUCUAGAACAUUCCACUAUUGUUACAGCCCAUCUAGAACAUUCCACAGUUGUUACAGCCCAUCUAGAACAUUCCACAACUGUUACACCCCAACAUUUUACAAUUGUUAAAACCCAUCUAGAACACUCCACUAUUGUUACAGCCCAUCUAGAACAUUCCACUUUUGUUACAGCCCAUCUAGAACAUUCCACAGUUGUUACAGCCCAUCUAGAACAUUCCACUUUUAUAAUAUCACUCAGGGAUCAUCUCAUGAGCUGCCAUUUUGUGGGUGACUGAAAUUUUUUCUAUACUACCAUACAUAUAUAAACAACAUUUGCUACCAUACAUAUAAACAUUUGCUACCAUACAUAUAAACAACAUUUGCUACCAUACAUAUAAACAACAUUUGCUACCAUACAUAUAAACAACAUUUGCUACCAUACAUAUAAACAUUUGCUACCAUACAUAUAAACAACAUUUGAUACCAUACAUAUAAACAACAUUUGCUACCAUACAUAUAAACAACAUUUGCUACCAUACAUAUAAACAUUUGCUACCAUACAUAUAAAUUACAUUUGCCAUGAUGUGCUACCAUACAUAUAAACAACAUUUGCUACCAUACAUAUAAACAUUUGCUACCAUACAUAUAAACAACAUUUGCUACCAUACAUAUAAAUUACAUUUGCUACCAUAAAUAUAAAAAUUACGUUUUCCAUGAUUUGCUACCAUACAUAUAAACAUUUGCUACAAUGCACAUAAAUGUCAUUUAUCUUCCUAAUUGUGCCAUGUUAUUAUAGUUCCUUCUAGAGUGAUAUUUUAUUAAUUGCCUUUUUUUUUCUAUGGCAAAAUGGUAAAAUCUCAACAGCAAUGUUUUUAAUUGCCCGUCAUUAUUUCCUGAGCAAACUGGUAAUCUUGGGUACAAUACAUUGUUUUCAUUGUCAUAUCUAUCUAUGUAAAAAUUUUGAGUGCAAUAUUAUAUUAUUAAGAGUGCAAUAAUUAAAGUGCUAUUUUUUGUAUCUAUGUAACUAUGUUAAAAUUAUGAGUGCAAAACAUUAUGAGUGCAAUAAUAUAAUUAAGUGCCAUUAUUUUAAAAAAUCAUUUAUUAAUUUAUUAUUUACUGCCAGUGCCUUCCUGUUGCAAUUUAUAACUAUAUUUAAAUGUUUUGUUUAUAGCUGGAUUUGUGUUCAUCUAUUUAAACAUAUUUUCUAAAAAUAUACAUGUAUCAAGUUAUCUGCGAAAUAUGCCAAGAUAGAUGUAGGUCUACUCUAUACA